AUGUCUCCCUCAACCUUCACUCGCGCUGCUUUCGCAGCUGGGCUUCUUGCCUCUGGUGUCUCGGCGGCUUUCGACAAUGCUGCUAAGACGAACAUUGCUAUGUACUGGGGACAAGGAAACGCUCAGAUUCCACUGUCCGAGGUCUGCGCUGAUCCAAACAUCGAUAUCGUCAACAUUGGCUUCAUCAACGCAUUCCCUUCGGUAGUAGGCUCAUACCCGGGAAGCAACCACGCCAACGCGUGUGGUAGCGAAGUAUACUACGACCCGGUUCUGAAGAAGGACAGCAAGCUUUACAGCUCAUGCCCUGGCGUGGGAGAUGCUAUCACUGCUUGCCAGAAGAGCGGCAAGAAGGUCAUGCUCUCUCUCGGUGGUGGUUGGCCUACUGACUACUAUCUGCCAUCCCCUGAGGUCGCUACAUGGACUGCCCAAUUCCUGAUCGGAGCCUAUGGUCCUCCCACCGCCGCCUGGAAGGCGGCUGGCAGGCCUCGUCCUUUCGGCGAUGCCGUCGUUGACGGUUUUGACCUCGAUCUCGAGGCACAAACCUACGACAUGCCUUCAGCUGAGUACAUUUACAAGAACUACGACGUCUUCGGCAAGUACGUCAAGAGCAACUCGAAGAUGCUUCUCUCCGCCGCACCUCAGUGCGUUGUCCCAGACGUCAGGAUCUCACCGGUCCUCAAGGCCGUUCCCUUCGACUUUAUCUUCACUCAGUUCUACAACACCCGAGUCUGCUCUGCCGCUCAGGCCGUCCAAGAUAUCAAGGACAAGAAGACUGGCACCUUCACUUUCGACAAAUGGAUCUCCGAGAUCAAGGCCUCUGCGAACCCCAACCUCAAGUUCUACAUUGGAUUGGCCGCAGGUCCGGAUGGUCUCCCCACCCACAAGGAAGACUACCUCACGCCCGAAGAUGCGAACACCCUGAUUACGAAGUACAAGGGCAACACCAAUUUCGGCGGUGUGAUGCUCUGGGAGGCCUCCGUUUCCGUCAGGAACCCAACAUACGGUCGGUCCUACGGUACUUGGAUGAAGUAUGCUGUCGAGGGUACCUUCUUGAAGAACUACAAGCCUAUCGUGUCUUCCAGCACCAGGUCUUCAACAACCUCUACUAAGACCUCUUCCACCAAGACACCUUCCAACACCCCUGUUACUUCCACCAAGAGCUCGUCCACCAAGAUCUCGUCCUCCACUCCUAUCUCGAGCAGCAAGAUCUCGUCCUCUACUCCUGUCUCGAGCAGCAAGAUCCCUUCCAGCACUCCUACCCUCAGCACCAUGAUCACCAGCAGCAAGACCUCAUCUUCUGCUUACGUUACCUCAAGCAUGAUUUCUUCGUCUGCAUACGUCACAUCCAGCUCGAUUUCCAGCAGCAGCAGCAGUAGCUCAGCAUACGAAACUGUCUCUACCAAGAGCGCCAGCUCCGCCGAGACUGUCAGCAGCACCCUGAUCGAGCCAUCUUCCAUCGCAACGAUCUCUGCGUCUGCCUCUAGCAGCGAGUCAGCCUACGUGCCUUACCCGACUGAGUCUGCCAGCUCUGUUGAGACCAUCAGCAGCUCCGCGACUGAGUCUUCUUCCAUUGACACCAUCUCUGCCACAAAGGAGGGUAGCUCAGUAUACGUGCCUUACCCGACCGAGACCCCGAGCUCUGUCGAGACUGUCAGCAGCACCUUCAUUGAGCCGUCGUCCAUUGCCACGAUCUCCGCAUCUGAGACUGUUAGCAGCUCUGUCUACGUUCCCUCGAGCGAGACCUCUGCCUCCACCGACAAGUACCCCACUGACACUGUCUCCGCGACUACCCCUGAGGGCGUCUCUUCGACUUCUUGCAGCACCUCCAGCGUUGCAUACUCCACUGGCGCUAGCUCCAGCGAUGUCUACUCAGUGUCAUCUGUCGUAUACUCAUCUGGUGUCUACUCUACUGCAUCCCCGGUGUACCCCACCUCGACCUACUCUGCUAGCAAGGGUGCGGACUACCCCGAGUAUCCCGCUGAGAGCUCCAAGAGCGACGCUGAGUCAAGCACUGGCUACGAGAGCGUUCCAUCGGUUACGAAGAAGCCUGAGUACUCUGAGUACCCCAGUGCUCCUACUGGCUCCACCACCGCCACUGUCAUCACUACUACCUACGUCGAUGUCUGCCCUACUGGUCUGACUACCGUCACCACCACAUACUGGACAACCGUCUGCACCAAGUGCGCCGCGAAGCCCACCGGCUCGGCCGACGUGCCUGAGGGUUGGACCACCAGUGUCUACACUGCCAGCACCGUUACCGUGACCCUUACUAAGCCCAUCGUGACGCCUACCAGCAUGCCCGCAUACCCAUCGUCCGCUCCUUCCGUCGCAUACCCUGCGGACUACCCUGCCAAGCCCGUGUCCUCUGGCAAGCCUGGAUACCCUGCCGUCCCUGAGGCAUCUAUGCCCGCAUACCCAGCUGCUCCUAAGCCUUCCAAGGCUGCCGAGUACUCAGCUGUUCCUGAGGCUUCCAAGGGCGCCGAGUACCCCUCUGUCCCUGAGGCAUCGAUGCCUGCGUACCCUGCCGCUCCCCACUCCUCCAAGGCCGCUGAAUACCCAUCCGUCCCUGAGGCUUCAAAGGCUGCGGACUACCCAUCUGCUCCUCAGGGAUCCAUGCCCGCCUACCCUGCCGUUCCUGAAGCCUCCAAGGCGGCUGAACAUCCUGCCAUGCCCGAGGCACCCAAGCCAGCUUCUUCCUCUGCCGCCGCUGGCUACCCAUCUGCACCCAUCGCUUCCGAGUACCCCAAGAAGCCUGUCGAGCAGGAGGUUACCAGCACCGUCCGCGUUACCUCCACCCUCUCCAAGGUCGCCGUUCCCACUUACGCUCCCGCUCCUUACCCAACGGUCAGCGCUGGAGGUGCGCCUUACGUCCCUGCCGGCUCUGCCAGCAGCUACGCGUCUAUGCCUACCGGCACUGGUGUCGGUUCCGCUUACCCUUCCAUGCCAGCGGAGUUCACCGGUGCUGCUAGCCGUGCUGGUGCUGGAUUCAUGAUGGUUGUUGGUGUUGUUGGUGCCGUUCUUGUUCUAUAA